UAUUGAUUGUUCAUUGAAAUCUAUUUUCUGCGUUGCUCUCCCCUUGUGCCUGUAUCGGUUUCCGAAAUUCGCAGUUGAGGUUUUCUCGCCUUUACAAUAAGAACACAUUCAGCUAUUCUUCAGCAAAGGACUCUUUCUCUGUUGUAUAUAAUUGUACGAUUCCUGGGCUGUUCUCGAGAUUUUUCUUAUUCAUCACACCCGCACCUCCCCCCACACACCUUUCUUAUCUUCUUCUCCUACACAUACACCCUCACACAUUUUUGUAUACUCAUAAUAUCAUGGAUAAGGCCCGCAUUCUCAGCAACCUCUCCUGGUCAACAAAGCUUCGCCGCAGUAACAGCAGGCACAGUAAGGCAGGGCGUCGGAAAGAAAUUGCAUUCCCGCCUCCUCUCCCCGUCGAAUCCACCGACUACUCGUCGGCCACAGAAACCGAGCCCUUCCCUACCCUGCAAGGCAGUGAUUUCCAGCUCGCCAUGCAGCACUUUGCCGACGCACCAGAAGACGCAUACGAGCCAGUCAGCGGAUUCUGGCAGAAACUGGACCGCAAACUCAGCGCUGGCGGUGAAGACACAAUGACACGCGGCAUCGACCAGUCAAUGGUGGACGGCGUUGACGGCGACGGAUGGCGCGAGACAUACCGCGAAUUCAGUGACGCACUUGCCGGCGACAUGCAUCCGGUCGUAGCGGCAUUCGUUGCCGCGCAAUCCAGCAACUCAACAGUGGUUCUGGGCGCAGAGCACAUCUGGCUGAUGGUCCUGCAGGCGCUGUCGGCGGUGGUGAAGACAGGCCAUGGCGAGUUUGCUGCAGGAGGCAAUGAUAAGCUGUGGAAGGAGCUGCGGAAAUCGUCGGGCGUGCCAGCACGGCUCACAGACACUAGCGAGCGCGAAUGCCGGUUGUUUGCCAGUCACAUGGACGGAUACCAUCCUUUGUAUACGUCGAAUGGUGCCGCGCCGAUUGUCAUGGCGGCGGCUGUUGCUGGCCAUGUGCAUACGGGUCGGGUAGAGUACGGGCGGAUGGAAAGCAGUGGCAGCAUCCGGAAUGUCAUGAUGCGCAAACCCCGUGGCAUUGGGCGCGGAGCACGGCGGAGCAUCCGCGGCCUGCAGCUGGUCGGCACCAUUCAGGCGUGGUCCGCGUUAUGUAUGAUGACAAGGCAGCUGAAGGAGACAUAUGCUGGCCAGGGCAUCGACUGGUGGCUGUACCGGGCCCACAAGGUAUGCGGCGACCUGACAAACUACUUUGCUGCGCAAUUCGAGUUUAUCGACAACGAGCCGACGCGGCGCUGGCGCCAAUGGACACUACAGGCGCUGGAAACGACCCCGGGCAGGUUCGACGGCUGGCUUGCUUCGCUAUUUUCUGUCGACAAUACCGGCACCGCCAUCCAUACUGACAAAAAGUUUGGCAUGGAGUGGACAAAAGUGCCGUCGGGCGUCGAUGUCCAGAGGGUGGCGGUCACCAAGGACUCGUGGCAGAAUUUGUAUUCGGGCUUUGUCGGCCAGCAGAGAAUGGUCAGGGCUAGGGUAGCGAAUCGGAGUGGCACGCUGCAUGGCGAUGAUGAGUUCCCGGCCAUUGUUAUCAGGGAUUGUGCCAGCACCUUAACCGAGUCCGAUGAUACGGGCUUUGAAGAGGGCGAGGCUGGGAUUGAGUGUGCCGUGGCGCCGGUCAUCGGAUGGGCGCUGGACCGACAGCUGUGAACAAAACAAAAGGUAUAGAUUUUAUUAUCUGCAAAAAUACAAUUAAAUUAUUUC